AUGCCAUCGGAACGGAAGACAUCCUCGUCGGCGGCGAAGUCAUCAUCGACGGCUGCCAAGGCAUCCUCAUCGGGCAAGGCACAAACGCACAAACUUUCGCUGAAGGGCAGCUCGAAGGUGGUCACCGAAUUCUUCGAGUACUCGAUCAAUACCAUCCUAUUCCAGAGAGGCGUCUAUCCGCCGGAAGACUUCACAGCGUAAGAACAAAAGAAGUGUAAAGAAGUGACAGGGCGCUGACAGCACGCGCAGCGUCAAGAAGUAUGGCCUGAACAUGAUGGUCUCCCUGGAUGACCAGGUGAAGGCCUACAUCAAGAAGAUCAUGAGCCAACUCAACAAAUGGAUGCAAAAGUCCAAGAUCUCGAAGCUGGUCAUUGUCGUCACCAGCAAGGAGACCGGAGAGCAUGUCGAGAGGUGGCAAUUCGAUGUGAGUUGCGCAGACAAACCCUGCAAUCAUCCCGAAGGUUCACUUACAUCACACCAGGUCAACAUCUUCAACGAGGACGGCGGAAAGAAGCGCAACUCCGACACAAAGGACAAAGAAAAUUCCGCUCCAGCCAACGAAGCGACUCCCGCAAGCGAGAAGUCCGAGCCGGAGAUCCAGCAGGAAAUCCAGGCUCUGUUCCGGCAGAUCACCGCCUCUGUCUCAUUCCUACCGAUGCUGGAUGGGAACUGCACCUUCAACGUACUCGUGUACGCGGAUGCGGACAGCGAGGUGCCCUUGGAGUGGGGCGACAGUGACGCCAAAGAGGUGAAGAACGCAGAGAAAGUGAUGCUGCGAAGCUUCUCGACCAAUUCUCACCGCAUCGAUACGGUGGUUUCUUACAGGUAAUGUGAAGCCGAGCAAGGCUGAGCGCGUGGGAGAAUCUCGACUGACAGGCUCGACAGGCUGGCUGAAUGA